AUGGAACCUAAAGAUCGCCAUGGUGGAACAGCGCCGACAGCAGCGGUGGGAUCACAAUCCCCUACAUUUCCAACCUCCAGGAGGGUAUCUUCUCAACCAGAGCCUAAUUUUUCGAUGGAUCAAGUUAUGAAUUUAUUAACAACUGUGACAAAACAAGCAGCUGUGAGUGCGGUUACCGCCGCGUUGUCUGCUGCUCCUAUUUCACGUGAUCGGGGCAACUUUUACCUGCCGCCGUUUGAUCCAGAUGUCCGUUCUCACGACAUCAGGGAUUGGUGUGCAAAUGUUGAUGAAACUAUCGCUACCUUCAAUAUUUCACCCCAAGAAGCACGCAUGAAGGCUAUUCUUCAGCUGAAAGGACGAGCUAAGACCUGGGCUGACAUCUGGUCUCUACAAAGUACCACGUGGCAACAAGUGAAGGAAGACUUAAUUAGGACAUUCGGAAAGGAGUUCCGGUAUGCAGAUGAUGUUCACAAGUGGCGUAGCUAUACAUCGGAUCAAGCCGCCAGCUACGCCGAGUACGCUACUACUGGGUGGACACUCUUCAGGCGAGUUCGACCCGAGGCUUCAGACGUCGAGGUGAUCGACGCUUUGAUAACAGUGGUGGAGCUUGAUAGACCUUGGCAUUAUGCAAUUCAAGAUUUACAAUUAGCUAUAAAUUGUACAGUCUCUAAAAGUACUGGGAAAAGUCCAAUGGAGAUAUUAUUUGGCAAAAAAUGUUCUCCACCAGCUAUCAAGCUCCUCCAAGUAGAUGAUGAUGAACCUGAGAAAGAUCUUAUUGCAAUUAGAAAUGCUUGUAAAGAAAGGAUGGACGAGCGAUCUAUUCAGGACAAAAUUCGUUUUGAUAAAGGUAAAGCUCAAGUUAAACAUUUUAAAGUUGGUGAUUUUGUUUUAAUGCGUAUUCAUGAACGUCAUACUACAAAAUUAGGACCAAAAUUCGAAGGUCCUAUGGAAAUCUUAGAAAUUUUACCUAAUGAUCGUUAUAAAUUAAAACACGUUAAUUUGCGCGGAUGUUCUGAAAAGAUCGCCAGCCAUGACUAUUUAAGGCCUGCCCCUAAUGGACAAGCAGAUCCAUUCGAAAAUAAUGAAGAAUCUUCCGUAUGGGCGGAUGAUGUGAUAGUUGAUGAAUCUUAA